GGCACACCACAGGAUAAAUUAGGAGUAUUGGCUCAAGUUCAUAGACUUCAUAUCAACAUCAGUGUCAGAUUGACCUGCAUGAAGAAGUCUGGCCUGGUUAUGUCACUAGUAUGUGUGCUUUAUUAGUCACACACGGAACACACAGGUUCUUGCUGUUCAUCCAGAGUCGUGUCCACUAGGUGGCAGCAGUGCACCUUUACGUUGGUUGUACAGAAGAAGAAGAAACCCGGAAGCUGCUAGCAGCGCUAGCUUGUUGUUGUUCUGGUGUGUGAGGUGAAUGAAUAUUUGAGUCUCUGGGAGAGUUGAUCGGCUAAAGCGACUAACUGCUGCUGCUGCAGAAAUCUUCUCACCAGGCUGUGGAAACUUUCUUCUCCUCCUCAACAACUUGGUGGACUUCUUUCCAGAACCAGAGAAGAUAUUCUGCGGUCUUCGUGACAAUCGGAGCUCCAGAAGCAGCUGUUAGCUAAACACGGCUAAAGAAAACCUGCUACCACUUCAGGUUCAUCCAUCAGCUGGGACUGCUUCAUCAGCAUGGACACAGAUGUUCUCCAGAUGGUUAAAGAAGAAGCUCCUGAAGAUCAGAGUGCUGGUGUGGACCAGCAGCACCCAGAACAGUUCCACAUAAAGGAGGAACAGGAGGAACUCUGGACCAGUCUGGAAGGAGAGCAGCUCCUUUUGAAGAAGGAGACUAAUUCUGCCAGGUUUCCAUUCAUAUCAGGUUCUAUAAAAAGUGAGGAUGAUGAAGACAAACCUCUGGUCUUACAUCUUCUUUAUCAGCAGCAAAUAGAGGACAGAGAUGUUCCAACCAACAGCUCAGCUGACCAGACAACAGCAGAAACUGGCAGAGAAGCAGAAUCUAGCAGGAACCCAGUUCUGAACCCCGAUGAACAGAUAUCUGAUUCUUCAGAGACUGAAGUUAGUGGAGAUGAUGUGAAUCUAAAUGUUGAGCUAUUAGACUCUAGUUCUGAAACUGGAGAUGGAGACACUGACUGCAAUGAGAGCAGGUCUUCUGAGUCAGAUAUUAAGACUGUCAACAAAUCCUUUUGCUGCCUCGAGUGUGGUAAAGAGUUUCUCCACAAGUGGUCUCUCCAGAGACAUGAAAGAGUGACGAGCCAUUCAGCAAUAAGAUCUUCAGGAUGUGUGGUUAAUAAGAAAAAUGUUAGAGUAAAGCAACAUGUAGACUUUUGCAGGAAAGUCCAGAAUAACCCAAAAACAUUUAGUUGUGACAUUUGUCACAUUCAUAAUAAAUGUUUAAACAGACACAUGAGAGUCCACACAAGAGAGAAACCCUUUGCCUGUGAGCUCUGUGAACAAAGAUUUAGCCAUAAAUCCACAUUAAACCGUCACACAAGAGUCCACACAGGACAGAAACUGUUUGCGUGUAAACUCUGUGGAAAAAGCUUUACUCUAAAGACAACUUUAAACACUCACAUGAGAGUCCACACAGGACAGAAACCCUUUGUGUGUGAGCUCUGUGGAAAAAGCUUUACUCUAAAGACACAUUUAAAUGAUCACAUGAGAGUCCACACAGGACAGAAACCGUUUGCGUGUGAACUCUGUGAAAAAAGCUUUAAUCGAAGGACAAAUUUGAACACUCACAUGAGAGUCCACACAGGACAGAAACUCUAUGCCUGUGAGUUAUGUGGACAAAGAUUUGGCUAUAAGAAAAAUUUAAACACUCACAUGAGAGUCCACACAGGACAGAAACCGUUUGCGUGUGAACUCUGUGGAAAAUGCUUCAAUCGAAGGACAAUUUUGAAUACUCACAUGAGAGUCCACACAGGACAGAAACCGUUUGUGUGUGAACUCUGUGGAAAAAGCUUUACUCGAAAGACACAUUUAAACAAUCACACGAGAGUCCACACAGGACAGAAACCGUUUGCGUGUGAACUCUGUGGAAAAAGCUUUACUCUAAAGACACAUUUAAACAGUCACAUGAGAGCCCACACAGGACAGAAACUGUUUGCUUGUGAACUCUGUGGAAAAGGCUUUACUCUAAAGACAACUUUAAACAAUCACAUGAGAGUCCACACAGGACAGAAACCCUUUGUGUGUGAGCUCUGUGAACAAAGAUUUAGUCAAAAAUCAACAUUAAACACUCACAUGAGAGUCCACACAGGAGAGAAACCGUUUGCGUGUGAACUCUGUGGAAGAAGCUUUACUCUAAAGACACAUUUAAAUGAUCACAUGAGAGUCCACACAGGACAGAAACCAUUUGUGUGUGAACUCUGUGGAAAAAGCUUUACUCUAAAGACAAAUUUGAACACUCACAUGAGAGUCCACACAGGACAGAAACCGUUUGCAUGUGAACUCUGUGGAAAAAGCUUUAAUCGAAGGACAAAUUUGAACACUCACAUGAGAGUCCACACAGGACAGAAACCAUUUGCGUGUGAACUCUGUGGAAAAAGCUUUAAUCGAAGGACAAUUUUGAAUGCUCACAUGAGAGUCCACACAGGACAGAAACACUUUGUGUGUGAGCUAUGUGGACAAAGCUUUAGUUUUAAGCCAACAUUAAACAUACACAUGAGAGUCCACACAAGAGAGAAACCCUUUGCCUGUGAGCUGUGUGAACAAAGAUUUAGUCAUAAAUCCACAUUAAACAGUCACAUGAGAGUCCACACAGGACAGAAACCUUUUGCGUGUGAACUCUGUGGAAAAAGCUUUACUCAAAAGUCGACUUUAAACAAUCAUAUGAGAGUCCAUACAGGACAGAAACCAUUUGCGUGUGAGCUCUGUGGAAGAAGUUUUAAUCAAAGGACAAAUUUGAAUACUCACAUGAGAGUCCACACAGGACAGAAACCCUUUGUGUGUGAGCUAUGUGGACAAAGAUUUAGUUUUAAGCCAACAUUAAACAUACACAUGAGAGUCCACACGGGAUAGAAACCCUUUGUGUGUGAGCUAUGUGGACAAAGAUUGAGUUUUAAGCCAACAUUAAACAUACACAUGAGAGUUCACACAGAACAGAAACCGUUUGCGUGUGAACUCUGUGGAAAAAGUUUUAAUCAAAGGACAAAUUUGAACACUCACAUGUAGGGAUGGGAACCGAAUUCGGUACUUUUUAAGGUACCGACCGAAUUCCAUAGUACCGACCGAGCACCGAUUCACGUCAUUUCAAACGGUGCCUCGUUUCGGUACCCGUCCAUCCUAACGAGAACUUGCCAAGACAGCUGCGCAUGCGCAGGAGCGUUUUGUCGUCGCUUGCUGUGAACCAGUUGUAAACAGAGCAGCAUGGUAGAGAGAACGCACUUUAAAGCUUGGGUCCACUUCACUCAAUGUGAUGGGUAACUGGAUGAUGAAACCAGCGACAACUAUCUAAGUGAGACAUCCUCAUCUUAAUCUGCUCCGGUAGGUAAAUAUAAUUAGAUUGAUAUAUUAGCUUCCGUUUCGCUAAUGGUGCGUUCGCUUUCUCCUCGGAACUCCGAAUUUCCGACUAGAACAACAUGAACGCGCUCUAAAGUUUGGCUUCACUUUACUAAAUGUGAUGGGUGAAGUCGAAACCAGUGACGAUCUAAGUGUGAGGCAUCGUUUUAAUCUGCUCCAGCAGCUAAAUAAACUGUUUAAGAUGAUAUGUUAGCUUCCAUUGCCACCAUUGUUAUCAGCUAAUGGUGCGUUCGCUUUCUCCUCGGAAAUUCUAACUUCCCAGUAGGAAAAAUCAAAUGAAAAAAGAUGGCAAAAGGAAUGAAGACACAGUAAAUUUAGUUCACAGUAAAGAUGUUUGCUUCAGUUUAAUUAUCAGCUUAUAAAACUACAAGGGCAAUGUUAAAAUACAAACAGUUGUUUGUUAUUUAUUGUGAUAUUUAUCAAAUAUGGUUAUAUAUUGAGAAAAAUAUAUAUUUAAUUAUAAAAGAGAAUUAAAAUAAUAAACAUCAAAAGUAUCGAAAAUUGGUACCGUUAAGUACCGGUAUCGAUUCGUAGGUACCGGUAAUUAGUACCGGAUCGAUUCAAAUGUCAAAGGUACCAUCCCUACUCACAUGAGAGUCCACACAGGACAGAAACUUUUUGCCUGUGAGUUAUGUGGACAAAGAUUUAGCUAUAAGAAAAAUUUAAACAGUCACAUGAGAGUCCACAAAGGACAUUACAAAUAUAUUUAAAGUGCACUUUUACUGAUAAACAGUAUAAGUAUGUGACUAAAAAUGCUGUAGACAAGUGAGGUCAUUAUUUUGGCAUUUUUGUGCAUCUUAUGUAACCCUCCCACUGUCCCUUGAGGUCCAUGUGGCAAGGGUGAGGAGUGAGCACCACCUCACCCCUGCCACGUGGACCUUAAGGGAUAAACCAUCAACCCUGCUCAAUGGUGAACUUUCCUCGCAGGGUCACCCAUUAGGACAGUGGAAGGGUUAGAAUGUCAACAUUCAGCUUGAAACUGCUCAUUCUCCUCUGACCUCUAGCAUCAACAAGGCAUAUUCGCCCACAGGACUGCCGCAUACUGGAUGUUUAUCCCUUUUCACACCAUUCUUUGUAAACCCUAGAAAUGGUUGUGUGUCAGACACACUGGAAAAGUAAAGGAAUCCUAUACCUGGAACACAUAAAUAAAGGAUUGGGCUCCAUCCCAUUUAAUAGAAUAGUCUCCCAAUUUGGAAUAGAUAAGAAUAGCUUUUUAGAAUAUCACCAAAUUAAAUCAAUAGUUAAACAAAAGUUUAAGUGUAAUAAAGUAGAAUUACAUACACCACCAAGGGUACUAGACUUAUGUAAUGUCAAACACCCCAAACUACUGUCCAAACUUUAUAAGACACUGUCCAAAAUAGAUGAUAGAAUAGCAAUCCCUAUUGAAAAACGGGAGGUGGGUCUAUCAGUCAGCUUUGACCAGAACUUCUGGUCCCAAACUUGUUUAAAAACUUUUAAAAUGAUCAGACACCCCAAUUUACAAUUAAUUCAAUUCAAAAUUCUGCAGAGUACACUAUACAGGUCAUCGGAUGUUCAGGAUGGGGUUUGUGUCGUCUGACACCUGUACACACUGCACACACAACAUUCCUGACAAUUACAUCCACGCACUGUGGUCCUGUCCACCUGUCCAGGAAUUUCGAGGUAGAGUAUGUGAAGACCUGUCAAAGUGUCUGAAAUGUCAUAUCCCAAAUUCCCCCUCUCUUUGUUUGCUGGGAAACCUAGGUCAGAAAAGUUACUGGCCCCGCUGAGAAUCUACCGGCCCAGCAGGUCAUCUGCUAAAACGAGUAAAAAUCACAACUGAAAAAAAAAAAACAACAA